GGAGCGACACCCCUGGUCAAGUUGGUGCGCUUCGACGGAAAGCUGCAGAUAUAGAUGCUCUCCUCCCGUUCCCAUAGUCUGCGCGUGCAGCGUCUGCUGACGCAGAGUUCGCGGCGAGGCCUCAAGGACCUGGUGGUCCCGCCGAGGUCGAAGAAACCAGUGAUUUCGUACGGUCCUCCAGGACGCAGCGCUGUCAGCGGACAUGUUGCCACCGUCUUUGGUUGCACUGGAUUUCUCGGGAGGUAUUUGGUUGCAAAACUAGCGAAGAAUGGUACCCAGGUUAUCACCCCUUACCGCGAUCCGGACGAGGCUAGACAUCUCAAGUUGAUGGGUGACUUGGGUCAGGUCGUACACAUGGAAUGGGACAUCCGGGACGAGGACCAGAUUGCCGAGUGUCUGAGACACUCUGAUAUCGUCUACAACCUUGUUGGAAGGGAGUACGAAACUAAGAACUUCACAUAUAAUGACGUCAAUGCAGCAGGUGCUGGCCGGAUCGCCAAGGUCGCAGCGCAAUGGGGCGUCCCCCGCUUUGUGCACGUAUCUCAUCUCAAUGCGGACCACCAAUCCAUCUCCAAGUUCUACCGCACGAAGGCGGAGGGAGAGGAUCUGGUCAAGGAAGCAUUCCCGGAUGCUACCAUCAUCAGACCCUCUACUAUGUUCGGGUAUGAGGACAAGCUAUUGAACAACAUUGCCAUUUGGAGUAUUUGGUGGAAGCUGAACCACGGUGAAACGAAGAUAAGGCCAGUACAUGUCAUGGAUGUCGCUCAAGCCUUGGCCAACCUUGAAGGCGUGCCUGCACUGCCCAAGACGCUGAACCUCCCCGGUCCCUCUACCUUGACGUAUAGCUAUCUUAUCGACCUGGUGUCUUCGGUCACCUACAACGACCUCGACAAGGGCUUCGUCAUGCCCAAGCGGCUGGCGAAGAUGCUCGCCCAGGCCGGACAGAAGCUGUACUGGCCUACGAUUUCUCCCGAUGAGGUUGAGCGGAGAUACAUCAACGACAAGGACGUGCCUGGUGACUGGGAAGAGCUCGGGGUGGUACCAGAUGAGAUCGAGAACCACGCUCUGACCUACCUCAGACGGUACCGAUCUGCUGACAAUUUCGUCCGACCCCUUGUUCUGCCAAACCGGGACUCUUCGGAGUAUCGGGUGGCGCAAUAGGCCUGGUGGUCUGUCUACUCUGUAGAUCAAGUAUACAGUUCUAAUCCAGUCUUCCUGCAUAUGGAUGCUCGAGAAGGGGUCUAUGCGCUGCGCAUUCCGUCGUGACUUUCAUUUCAGAUCGAGCCGCUCCAGCUCCGUUGAACGGGUCGACGCGAUUGAGUGCCGGGAUAGCCUUACUACUCGCUUCGCGGUGGAGAAGGUAUUCAUUUCGGACCACCCAAGGCACUGCGUAUUUGCGGCCCACUUUUAGAUUUUUGCCGAUAACAUGGGAAUGCGGUCGUUGAGCGGUAGACGAUGUGUUGAAGGUUCCAAAGAGCGACCUCGUGCUCCCAUCUGAUUCCGUUCACCCCAAAAUAACGACUCACCGGUGUGGCAUCAUAAGACUGAAACAACGCAUCCAAUGAACGAGUACAGACCGCAACUAUUAACGUAUACCUGGUACCACCUCCCAAAAAGAUACACGGG